GUUUUCUCUUUUCUUUUUGCUCUGGGAAACGCCACAGAGUCAGAUGAAGAAUUUGGGAAGAGAGUGUGGGUUCCCUGUGCAGAGUCCAGUGACGAAAUCUGUGAAUAAGGUUUAUGACCGGCCACAAAAACAUUCUUCUCUGCACUAUGAUCCAGGCCUCCAACAAGACUUCACCAGUGACACCUUAAAAUCAAAGCACCAGCAGAAAAGUAGCAACCAGCACCAUCUUGACUGGUCAACGAGUUCUGAUACUGGAUCCGCUUCUCAGAGUUGCUUCAUCAACACGGAACCUAGCCGAGAAGCAGUCAGUGCCACCAAGGUCCCGGCUCUGGAGCCAGGGGUUUCCUUCAGCAAAUCCCAAGCGAAGAAGUCCUGCGCUGGCAGCACAUGGGGGCAGCUGCCAACUGGUAGUAAGGACCUUGUCAUUUGCAGUGCAGUCCCCUCACCCAACAACAUCAGUGUGGCCAGCCAGCCCAGCAGCAUCUCUGAGUGCAAUGGUCUUUUGCCUCUCGGUGAUCCAGAAGGCGCUGUGCAGCUGGAGGCCUCAGAUCAGCCUGCCGGGAGCACGAAGAAGAAAUCCAGCAAAAAGGACUUGAUAAGCCAAACGAUCCAAACCCCAGAUAUGGAAUGGGUGAAGAGUGCUCAAAAAGCAUUUGACAGCAAAUCCCAUGACAGCAUGGAAGGGAAAAAGGAGUCUUACUCGAUGGACAGCGUGUUGGAUACGUCACCCUUGAAGCAGAGUGCCACUUCUGCUGGUACUUGUGAGAGUGACACCAGUCAUGUACGAAUUACUAUUCCAAUAAAGUCUCCGACAACAGAUACAUCCAGCCACAAAAGGAAAAAAAGGCAAUCCACAAAAUCUUCCAUAGAGAAAAUUAUCCAGGAGAAAAGCCUGCCUCCUGGACUUGCUAUGAGCAGUGAAGUAGCAAACAGGACGAGCUCUCAACCAGAGGGGAGUAAAAAAGACCUUCGAGCCACAAAACCAGGGAAAGUGAUUGAAAAUGAGUCCCCCUUGGUAGCUAUCGACGGCGGUGUGCUCAUUGACAAAGCUUCUCCCAACAGUGCCACCAGACUCAGAAAAUCUGUCGCUGUGACAUCCGCUCUCCUACCCACUGAUCUCCCCACCGCUGGCAAAUUAUCUGAGGUCCAGCACCCUAAACAUGCAGCUAAGCGGCGGUGGACCUGCAGCAAGCCUAAAUCUAUCCUUCGGGAGACCUCCAUGACAACAUCUGAGAAGCUGAUGGUGGAGCCUCCUUCAGCCUAUCCCAUCACACCAUCCAGCCCGCUGUAUACUAAUACAGACAGUCUUACUGUGAUCACACCUGUGAAGAAAAAACGAGGACGACCAAAGAAACAGCCUUUGCUCACUGUUGAAACCAUUCAUGAGGGAACCUCCACCAGCCCAGUGAGUCCAAUCAAUCGUGAAUUUCCAGGAACGAAGAAAAGGAAGAGGAGGCGGAAUCUGGCCAAGUUGGCCCAGAUGAUCCCAGGAGAAGACAAGUCCAUCAGUGAACUCAAGUUUCACAAAAAGGUUGGGAAGCUUGGCGUCUUGGAUAAGAAGACCAUCAAGACCAUUAAUAAAAUGAAGACCCUCAAGAGGAAGAAUAUUCUCAAUCAGAUCUUGUCCUCCUGCUCCAGCAGCAUAGCUCUGAAAGCAAAAGUCCAGCCACCAUCUAGUGCUGGGCCAGCCACCAUUGAUGCCAGGCUAGGGAAGCAGAUCAAUGUCAGCAAGAGGGGGACUGUCUACAUUGGUAAAAAACGGGGCAGAAAGCCAAGAGCAGAGCUGCAGCCUCAGCCAGAAGAACCUAAGACAGCCAUCAAGCACUCAAGGCCUGUUUCGAGCCAGCCAGAAAACCCAACAGUGCCUUCCAACCUGCAGUCACUUGUGGCAUCGUCACCAGCAGCUAUUCAUCCCCUUUCGACACAAUUAGUGGGGACUAACGGCAACCUGAGCCCUGCAAGCACUGAAACAAAUUUUUCAGAGUUAAAAACUAUGCCAAAUCUUCAGCCUAUCAGUGCUCUUCCUACGAAAACCCAGAAAGGGAUGCACAGUGGAACGUGGAAGCUGUCUCCUCCCAGGUUAAUGGCUAAUUCGCCUUCCCACCUCUGUGAAAUA